ACGUCAGGUCACAUGACCAUACAAUUUUGGCAGCCAUAUUGGUUUUGAAAGCUGUGAAAAUUUGUCAACCUUUACGUCAAAGUAUGAUUAUUUGACUACUGUCUCAUCGAUGUGUAGGUGACAUACAUAAUCCCAUUAGUUAGAAGAAGUGAUGGCACUGAAAAAAGUGAAAGGAACUUUGGAGCGUGUCCUGGACAAGAACCUUCAAGAUCUGGUUCGCGGGAUCAGAAACCACAGAGAAUCUGAGGCCAAGUACAUAGCAGAAUGCAUUGAUGAGAUCAAGGAAGAGCUGAGACAAGACAAUGUUGCUGUCAAGGCUAAUGCUGUGCAAAAAUUAACUUAUAUUCAAAUGUUGGGCUAUGACAUUAGCUGGGCUGCAUUCAACAUGAUUGAAGUUAUGAGCUCUACAAAGUUCACACAUAAACGUAUUGGCUACCUUGCUGCUUCCCAGUGUUUCCAUGACGACACAGAUGUGAUUAUGCUUACAACUAACAUGAUAAGAAAGGACUUGAACAGUCAGAAUUUAUAUGAUGCUGGUGUUGCACUGAAUGGUCUCUCUAACUUCAUCACACCUGACUUGGCUCGGGACUUAGCCAAUGAUAUUAUGACACUUAUGACAUCAACGAAGCCAUAUCUUCGGAAGAAAGCUGUCCUUAUCAUGUACAAAGUGUUCCUCGCAUUCCCUGAGGCUCUCAGACCAGCAUUCCCAAGAUUGAAGGAGAAACUAGAAGACGGAGAUCCAGGUGUACAAUCAGCAGUUGUAAAUGUGAUAUGUGAACUUGCUAGGAAAAACCCAAAGAAUUACCUGUCACUAGCUCCUCUAUUCUUCAAACUGAUGACAACCUCCAGCAAUAACUGGGUGCUUAUAAAGAUUAUAAAACUGUUUGGUGCCCUCACCCCUCUUGAGCCAAGAUUAGGGAAGAAACUGAUUGAACCUCUCACUAAUCUUAUCCACAGCACAUCUGCCAUGUCUCUGCUGUAUGAAUGCAUCAACACAGUCAUUGCAGUUCUUGUUUCUAUAUCUUCAGGCGUGCCCAGUCACUCCGCAUCCAUUCAGCUGUGUGUUCAGAAGUUGAGAAUUCUCAUUGAAGACUCGGACCAGAAUUUGAAGUAUCUUGGUUUACUGGCCAUGUCCCGUAUCCUGAAGACUCAUCCUAAGAGUGUUCAGGCUCACAAAGACCUAGUCCUACAAUGUCUUGAUGACAAAGAUGAGUCAAUACGCCUCCGUGCCCUGGAUCUUCUGUAUGGCAUGGUGUCCAAGAAGAACCUCAUGGAAAUAGUGAAGAAGUUGAUGGUCCAUAUGGACAAAGCAGAGGGCUCUAACUAUAGAGAUGAACUGCUGGCUAAGAUCAUAGAGAUAUGCAGUCAGUCUAACUACCAGUUUAUAACAAAUUUCGAAUGGUAUGUGAGUGUGUUGGUAGAACUAACCAGACUAGAAGGUACGAGACAUGGGAAGAUCAUAGCCUCACAAAUGUUAGAUGUGGCCAUACGUGUACAAGCCAUCAGACCCUUUGCUGUUGCACAAAUGGCUACACUGUUAGACAAUGCUCACUUGCUGACCAACAACUCCCAGAGGAAUGGUAUAUGUGAAGUUCUAUAUGCUGCAGCUUGGAUCUGCGGAGAGUUCUCAGAGCAUCUGCCCAACUCCAAGCAGACACUAGAAUCCAUGCUGCGGCCCAAGGUGACUCAGCUACCAGGUCACAUACAGAGCAUCUAUGUCCAGAACCUCAUCAAGCUAUACUCCAGCAUCCUGGUGAAGGGGGAAGCUGAUGAGAACCUCGAUGACUCUAAAGAGGCAGCACAACUUAUUAUAGAGAAACUACCCCUGUUUGUUCAGAGUGCUGAUUUAGAAGUGCAGGAGAGGGCUUGCUGUAUAUUACAACUAAUGAAGUAUGUGGUGAAGCUUCAAGACAAGGGAGUAGCUGUAGGGGAAGAGGUAUCUGCACUCUUUGCAGGGGAACUAAACCCCGUAGCUGCAAAAGCACAGAAGAAAGUGCCAGUCCCUGAAGGGUUAAAUUUAGACAAAUGGAUUAAUGAUCCGCCCUCAGAAAGCUCAGAAGAUGAGGGGCCAACUCCCAAUAUAUUCAUGCCAUCAGAUGAACACAGGUCCAACUUCCAGUCUGAAGAGAAGAAGUCUUAUCAACCUACUGCAGAGGAAUUAUCUAAGCAAAGGGAAGCACGGAAAAUGGAGCAAGAGAACAAUCCUAACUACCUGAAGGGGCCCAGUAGACCUAAGACACUAGUCAAUAGCAGAGGUGCUUAUGAAGAUGUACCAGAAGUAGCAGAAUUAGCAUUAGAGGUGCCAUUACAUAUUCCUGGUCUGCCAUCUUCUGACAAGUACAUAAAGAUGCAACGUGAACAAAUGAAUGCAGCAAGUAGGAAGAAGAAAGACAAGAAGAAAAAGAAGAAAAGGAGCAAGAAGGGCCAUGUUGUAGAGUCUGAGGAGGAAGAUGAUAUCCCAGUGGUCCACCAUGUUAGUGCAGUACUAGAUGAACCAGAGGGUGGUGACUCUGAUAAAGAAGACAAGACUGACAGAGGAAAUGAUCAAUAUGCCAUGUUAGAUAUGAACCUUGAUGAGCCAUUGCGAGAUGAUGAAAGGUUGCCAGUGAGACAGCAUCGGGUAGUUGGUCUGGAACCAAGGGAAGAUGAAGCUACACUUGAAGAUAAACCUAAAAAGAAACAUAAAAAAGAAAAGAAGAAAAAAGAAAAGAAAGAGAAGAGCAAAGAGAAAAAGAAAAAGCGCAUUGACAGUGAAGAACCAGAAGAAAGUCCCAGCCUGCUAGUGUCUGCAGUUGAGGAAACCCCAGGGGAGCCUCACAUAGAAACCAAUGGCAUUACACCAGAAGUACCUCAAGUCAAUGGGGAUAUAAAUGGCAGUAAAAAGGAGGAUGACCUAGACUUCUGGUUGUCAGGGAAGGAUGCUGAAAGUCCAGUAAAGGAUAUCCCAAUCAUUAAAGAACCAGUUAAUAAUACGCAUGGAUCAGAUGCUGAUACUGAACAGCCAGAAGAGAAAAGUAAAAAGAAGAAGGAGAAAAAGCACAAAAAGGAGAAGAAACGAAAGAAGAACAGGAGUGACUAUGAGAUAGCAGAAGGGAUCACUACACCAUCUAAGGAACAUGCCAAUGCAGCAUCCCCACAACCAGAACAAGCACUUCCACCUAUGACAAACUACAAAUUACUUAGCAAGAAUGAUGCAGUUCAACUGACAUAUGAGACGCGAGUUAGCCAAGCACAAUCCAACCAAGUUGUGGUCUCAGUGAUUCUUUCAAACCUCAGUUGCAAUCACAUCAAAGAACUGGAGUUCAAUGUAUUAGACUCCAUGAACACUAAACUGGUCAGGGGGGUGGGUGCAAGUUCACAUGAUCCAGUCAAGGUCCCAUUUAUACUUCUUCCAUCUUCACAAAAUGAGGGUCAGUUUGCCUUCACUGUGCAGAGCAUUACUAUGCCACAGAGACUCAAGGGUACACUCACAUACAUGGUCAAGACUGAAGAGGGAUCGACACAUGAGAAGUUAGAUUUCAAACUUCCCCUACCGUGUAGCUCAUAUCUCCUGGCAACUCCCUGUAAUAGUGAUGCCUUUGCAGAACUGCUUAGUAGUGGAGAUUUAAAUGAAAAAUAUUCCAGCACAUUUAAUGCAGUAGACAGUGAAUUCUCACAUGUCAUCGCCAAACUAUGUUUUCAUAAUCAUUUUACAAUUGUUGAGCAGAUAGACCACAGUGCAUCAUUAUACAGUAGAUCCAUCCAAGGCCACCAUGUCUGCCUGCUAGUCAAACAAUUGGCAAAUCAAGGAAUUAGCGUAGAUGGUAAAAGCACAGACUCUAGUUUACUUUCCAAUAUAAUAGACGAUAUUAAAACUACUCUAACUACUCAAUCUAAUUCAUCAUAGAGCAGACAGUACCUGACUAGAACAAUACCAGUCACUAUAGUAUAUACUGCCAUGUACAGCUCUGCAUCCUGUUAGUCUAAUGGACCAUAUUUGCAAUUUACUAUGUUGAGCAAUGCUCUGGUUUCAUAAAACUGCAAUGUUUCAACCCAAAUGGGUCUUGGCAUCCCCAUUUAAUACAGACUGACAUAUACCCUCAAGUCAUUUAUUGUCAAUAGGCUCACUGGGGGCAACCGCUAUAAUUGUACAGUUGUAGCCUAGGCCCUACUUGAAUUUGGUUGAAUCCCAUUUAGAUGUCAACAGGGAUGUAGGAUCAUGAUUUUUGUGCUAUAAUGAAAAUCCUAACCUAAAUACUAACUAUCAGUAUAGGCUAAGAUAAUCUUGGAAGAAAAAUUUGAUAUAAUCUUCUAUCUUUGUUUAAAGGUUGUGAAUUCAACAAUGGCUUUCAAAGCUAAUAAAUUUCAAUUGAAUAUAUUUUCUUAUUCUCUAUAUCAGUAGCCUAUACCAGUGUUUUCAAGUUUUCAACCUUGAAACACUGUUUUUAAGUAAAUAAUGAAAUAGAAAUCAUGAAGAAUUUGAUUAAAAUCUGUAAACUUGAAU